CAGAUUUCUAUUCACUUCUUGGAAGCUGCUGCUUCGAGCUUUUGAGCAGCACCCAUGCUUACAGACAUUUCAUAUACAUAUAUAUGCUCCUCGUACUCGAUCUCCUUGCCGGCAUUAUAUUGCCCCCACACCACACCACCCCCCGACUCCCCACGACCAUUAAUCUGAAGCAGUGCUUUGGUGUAGGCCUGCUGCUUGCUCAUCAGCUCGCGUAUAAACAUGUCUCUUCCCACGCGGACGUCUAGAUGUGUGUGCGUAGAAUAGCGCCAGUAGAUCCCGGCCAACCUUAAGAGGAGGGGAGACACAAACGGCUCUGGCUUCUGGAACUCUUCCGGUUGCUGACAGAGAGGGAAGGGGACAUAUGGGGAGGAAGCUGGGCGGCCUGGACAGGGUCCUGCACUGCUUCUCGCUCUCCCUGUGCUCCAGCGCCUGCGCCUGCGUACACUCCAUGGAUGAAGAAGAGGAGGACGACGAAAGGAAGGCCCUGCUGCUGAGCAGCCAGCUGGUGCAGCUCAGGGGCUUCGUCGAUGGAGCCGCCGCCAAGACUCUCGCUUUCCAUCUGGAGCCUAAGACCGUGGAGCUGAAGGUGUCCAUGCACUGCUACGGAUGCGCCAAGAAAGUCCAGAAGCACAUCUCCAAGAUGGACGGCGUGACGUCGUUCGAGGUGGAUUUGGAGAACAAGAAGGUGGUGGUGGUUGGGGACGUCACGCCGUACGAGGUGCUGGAGAGCGUCUCCAAGGUGAAGCUCGCGCGGCUAUGGGUGGCCCCGGACCCCAAGCAGCAAGCCGCACAAAGCUUGCAGGCGUAGAGGAUCUCUCAUCACAUCAGCGCUCCAUAUUUCGUCCUGCUACAGCGUGCGGCAGGCAGGCAAAGAACAGACAGGAUUUGUACCGUAGGGACGAAACAUUCGUUCCACUGAGGAACCGUGUCCACGCGUGCAAAUCAUUGAGGACGCGAGGGACAUGUUGCUCUGUGUGUGUUUUUUUAUGUAAAGGGCAGGCAGAUGGGGAGGGGAAACAUGUGCUUGCGUAAAACAUACUACUUGCUUGUUGUUUCGCUCUCACACCGCAUUCAAAAACAGCGAAUCCUCUACGA